AUGUCACAGUCGUCUCGCAAAAAACUCCUUCUCAUGGGCCGUUCAGGUUCCGGAAAGUCGUCCAUGCGACUGAUCAUCUUCUCCAACUACUCGGCCUUUGACACAAGAAGAUUAGGUGCUACGAUCGAUGUAGAACAUUCGCACUUGCGUUUUUUGGGCAACAUGACCCUCAACUUGUGGGAUUGCGGUGGACAGGAUGUGUUCAUGGACAACUACUUCACCAGCCAAAAGGACCAUAUCUUCAAGAUGGUGCAGGUGCUCAUUCAUGUUUUCGACGUCGAGUCCAAGUCCAUCAACAAGGACAUCGACAUUUUUGUCAAGGCGCUCACCAACUUGCAGCAGUUCAGUCUGGACGCGAAGAUAUUCGUGUUGCUACAUAAGAUGGACUUGGUGCAGAUUGACAAGCGGGCGGAACUUUUUCACAUCAUGAUGGACCGGUUGCAGAAGAUUUCCAAUCCGUACCAGUUUAAGCUUGUAGGUUUUCCCACGUCCAUUUGGGACGAGUCCUUGUAUAAGGCCUGGUCGCUGAUUGUGUGCUCGUUGAUCCCCAACAUGAAUUUGUUCAACAGCAGCUUGUUGAAGCUCAAUAAGAUUCUUGAUGCCGACGAGAUCAUAUUGUUCGAGAAGACAACGUUUUUGGUCAUCUCGUCAACGGCGCUGAUCCAGCAUCAGAUGCAGCUCCAGGCUUCUGAAUCUACGCCGGGCCUGCCCGACGCUUUGGAUCCCAAACGGUUCGAGAAAAUCUCCAACAUCAUCAAAACUUACAAGCAGUCCACGUCUAAGCUUCGGGCCAACUUCCUGAACUUGGUCAUUCGUGGCUCCAAUGGCCUGCAAUUCUACAUCGACGUACUUACAGAUAACCUUUUCAUCAUGAUUGUACUCAAGAGCCAUGAUGAUGAUUCAAAAUUUGUCAACACUCAUGAGGACUUGGUCAUUCUUGACAAUAUCAAGGCCGCAAGAAAAUGGUUUGAGAAGAUUGAAAACACGAAGUAA